AUGGGGUCGGAGCAUAAGCAUCUGCAAAUGCAGAAUGAGUUGUUGAAUAGGUUGAAUGGGGAGAUUAGGGCGAUGGAUGGGGAGAUUAUGAGUGAGGAAACAGGGUUGGGUGAUUUUAAGAGGAGUACGAUUCGGGUUGUUAUGGGAUUGAAGUUUGGGGGGUUGGUUGAGUGUUGUGAGAAGGGUGUUAUCAUAGGUGAAUACAGAAAACUAGUAACCGCCGAAAUCCCAGAAGAAACAACCCAACCAGGCGCACCCCAAAGCCUAUACUACGGCCACACAAAAACCAAAUCCCUACUCAUAGAAGCUACACGCGCACUCUCCGAUGUCCAACUAUCAAGGUCUUUACCAUCCCCCAUGAGUUCCGGCGGAUUCCGGUGGAUUCCAAGCGGAAUGUUGGAAUUCCAUGGAAUUCCAAUGGAAACCAGUUGGCUGGAGCCUCAGCCAUUCUGGUUUCCAAUUCCGUGGAAAUUCCAAUGGAAUCCAAUGGAAUCCAGUGGAAAUGGUUGGAAUCUGGGAGCCUCCCGGAACAGUUUCCAUCGGAAUCCAUUGGAAUUCCAACCAGAUUCCAUGGAAUUCCAAUGGAAAGUAUAUUCCAGUCAAAUUCCAACAGAUUCCAAUGAAUUCCAAUAUUUGUUGUUGUUAUUAUAA